AUGGCUGAUAUAAAGGCUAUGUUCAAUAAAAUGAAUAGUGCGGCGCAGAAUGGCUCCACGGAGGAGGCGCCGGCGCCCGCAGCUCCCGCUAAGGGACAGAAAGGCACAAUUGAAAAGAUUUAUCAAAAGAAAACACAAUUGGAACACAUUCUACUACGUCCCGACACUUAUAUUGGGUCUGUAGAACGGACCACAGAGCUGAUGUGGGUCUUUGACAAGUCCAAGGAAUGUAUGGUGCAAAGGGAAUUGAACUUUGUGCCUGGUUUAUACAAAAUUUAUGAUGAAAUCUUAGUCAACGCAGCUGAUAACAAACAGAGGGAUCCGAAAAUGGAUGUCAUUAAAAUUGACAUCAACCAAGAACAAAAUGUCAUAUCAGUUUACAAUAAUGGAUGUGGUAUCCCUGUGGUUAUGCACAAAGAAGAGAAAAUGUUUGUACCAACUAUGAUUUUUGGUCAUCUUCUAACCUCCUCAAACUACAAUGAUGAAGAGGAAAAAGUUACUGGAGGCAGAAACGGAUAUGGUGCCAAGCUUUGCAACAUUUUCUCAACCAAGUUCACAGUAGAAACUGCGUCUAAACAGUACAAGAAACAUUUCAAACAGACAUGGGGAUCUAAUAUGACAAAAGCUUCGGAACCUAAGGUGAAGGAGGCAGGCAAAGAUGACGACUUCACUAAAGUAAUAUUCAGCCCCGAUUUAGCAAAGUUUAAGAUGGAAAAGUUAGAAGAUGAUAUUGUUGCUUUGAUGUCCCGUCGAGCUUAUGACAUAGCCAUGUCUACUCAAGGCGUUAAGGUGUACCUUAAUGGAGAAAGGUUAAAGAUUAAUAAGUUCAAAGACUAUGUAGAUUUAUACAUAAAAGGCAAGGAAGACGAAAAUGGACAACCCUUGAAGGUAGUUUACGAGAAAGUGAAUGAUCGUUGGGAACUUGCAUUGACACUUUCUGACAAGGGCUUCCAACAAGUAUCAUUUGUGAACUCAAUAGCUACCACAAAGGGCGGGAAACAUGUUGAUACAGUUUCCGAUAGUAUAGUUAAGAAUGUUCUAGAAAUAAUUAAAAAGAAGAAUAAGGGUGGUGUAAAUAUUAAACCUGUGCAAGUUAAGAAUCACAUGUGGGUGUUCAUCAACUGCCUCAUUGUCAACCCAACCUUUGAUUCACAAACAAAAGAGUACAUGACGCUUCAAGCAAAGAGUUUUGGUUCAAAAUGUAAUUAUUCAGAGAAAUUCAUAACAGCAGUUUCAAAAUCUGGUCUAGUGGAGUCUGUACUUACUUGGGCCAAGUUCAAGGCUCAGACCGAGUUAGUGAAGGCAUCUGGUAAGAAACAGAGCAAACUGAAGGGUAUACCAAAACUGGAGGACGCUAACGACGCUGGUACUAAGAACGCGCAUCUUUGUACUUUAAUCCUCACUGAGGGAGACUCAGCUAAAUCUUUGGCUGUGUCGGGACUCGGUGUUGUCGGUCGAGAUCAUUAUGGCGUCUUCCCACUGAAGGGUAAACCUCUCAAUGUAAGAGAUGCAUCACAUAAACAAGUGUUAGAGAAUGUCGAAAUCAACAACUUGAUCAAAAUCCUCGGACUCCAGUACAAAAAGAAGUACAAUUCUGUAGAUGAUCUAAAAUCAUUGAGAUAUGGUAAAGUGAUGAUCAUGGCUGAUCAGGAUCAGGACGGAUCUCACAUUAAAGGUUUGAUCAUCAACUUCAUACAUCACAAUUGGCCAGAAUUAUUGAAACUGCCCUUCUUAGAGGAAUUUAUUACGCCUAUCGUAAAAGCUACGAAGAAGGAUAAGGAAAUAUCGUUUUACUCAUUACCCGAGUUUGAAGAAUGGAAGAACAAUACAGAGAACCAUCACACAUACAAUAUAAAGUACUACAAGGGUUUGGGUACAUCCACAUCCAAAGAGGCUAAAGAAUACUUCCAGAAUAUGGAAAGGCACAGGAUUAAGUUUAAGUAUGCUGGUCCUACAGAUGACCACCAUAUUGAGUUGGCAUUUUCAAAGAAAGGUGCUGACCAGCGUAAAGAGUGGCUAACAAGUCACAUGGACGAAGUGAAACGAAGGAAAGAGAUAGGUCUUCCAGAGCGAUAUUUAUAUGCUAAGGAUACUAAAGCUGUCACAUAUUCCGAUUUCGUUAAUUUGGAGCUGGUACUCUUCUCUAAUGGAGAUAACGUAAGGUCAAUACCGUCAAUGAUUGAUGGAUUGAAGCCUGGCCAGCGUAAGGUGAUCUUCACAUGCAUCAAACGUAACGACAAGCGAGAGGUCAAAGUGGCUCAGUUGGCUGGUUCCGUCGCUGAACACUCUGCUUACCAUCAUGGUGAACAGUCUCUAGCGAUGACUAUAGUGAAUUUGGCGCAAAACUACGUGGGGUCAAACAAUAUUAAUUUGCUGGAGCCGCGCGGUCAGUUCGGUACUCGACUCUGCGGAGGCAAGGACUCUGCUAGCCCCCGUUAUAUCUUCACUCUCAUGUCGCCACUAACGAGGCUUGUCUUCCAUCCACAUGAUGACCCGUUACUUGUUCACGAAUUCGAAGAUAACCAAAAGAUUGAGCCGGUCCAGUACAUCCCAAUCAUUCCUAUGGUGCUGGUGAAUGGCGCGGAAGGUAUCGGCACUGGCUGGUCCACCAAGAUACCUAACUACAACCCCAGGGAUAUUGUCGAGAAUAUCAGACGAAUGUUAGACGGUGAGGAACCAAAACCGAUGCACCCCUGGUACAAGAACUUCCGUGGCACCAUUGAAGGUUUCGGCGAUAAAUACGUCAUAUCUGGUGAGGCAGCCAUAUUGCCUGGCGAAAAGAUCGAAAUCACAGAGCUUCCUGUCGGUACCUGGACUCAGAAUUAUAAGGAGAAUGUCUUGGAACCUUUAUUGGGUUCAGACAAAGUGAAGCCCAUGAUAUCUGAAUAUAGGGAAUACAACACAGACACCACGGUGAGGUUCGUGGUGAGCCUCCUGCCCGGCAAGUUGGCGGAGGUGGAGGCGGAGGGAGUCCACAAGGUCUUCAAGUUGCAGACUACCAUCUCACUCACCUGUAUGAACGCCUUCGAUCAUAACAGCUGUCUUAAGAAGUACGAUAAAGUGGAAGAAAUAUUACGUGACUUCUACGAAUUAAGACUUCGGUACUACGCUCGUCGUAAGGAGUACAGAGAAGGACAGUUACAGGCCGAAGCUGACAAACUAUCCAACCAGGCGCGGUUCAUCCUGGAGAAAUGUGAUAAAGGACUUGUGGUAGAGAACAAAAAACGAAAAGUCAUGGUGGAAGAACUUAUUAAACGAGGUUACGCCGCGGAUCCCAUUUCGGAAUGGAAGAAGCGCGCAAGCAAGAUGCAAGGACUCACAGCAAUAGAGGAUGACCCGGUGGAAUCUGAAGACGAGCCUGAACCUGAACAAGAGAAGGGCAAGCCUGUUGAUCCAGAGAAAGCAUUCCAGAACUUAAAAGAAGUGAAGAAGUUCAACUACCUGCUGGGCAUGUCCAUGUGGAUGCUGACCAAGGAGAAGAAAGAUGAACUCCUCAAGCAGAGAGAUCAGAAAUUAUCCGAACUUAAUGCCCUCAAAGCUAAAACUGCAGCGAUGUUAUGGCGUGAAGAUUUAGACGAGUUCUUAAUAAAAUUGGAGGAUGUUGAAGAAAAAGAGAGGCAAGAGGAAAUGUCUGUCAACAAAAAGACUACUAAGGCCAUUAUGGAAAGAGUAAAGAAGGAAAAAGCUAAGAACGCCAAUAAGAAGAACCGCAAGUCUCUAAUGGACAUCGCACCAUCGGACAAUGGCAGGCGAGUGGAGCCCAAGAUCUCUGAGGAUCUCAUCAAGAGGAUCCAGGCGGCUGAGAAGGCGAAGACUAGGAAAGAAAUAAAGAAAGAAUAUGAUCCGGAUGAUCCAACCGGCAUCAGUCCAAUCAGUGCUGAAAAGAAACCGAAGGCAACUCGCGUCAAGAAGGAGAAGGCUGAAAAACCUGAAAAGGCUGAAAAACCAGAGAAGGGAACGGGCGAUGGCUUGAAACAGAGUAAACUAACAUUCAAGAAGGAACCUAAGAAGAAGCGCACCACGUUCAGCGGCAGUAGUUCGUCAGCGUCGGGCUCCGACGUGGAGCUGGAGGCCGCGCCCCCGCCGCCCAGGGAGCGAGCCAACGCCAGGCGCGCUGCUACUAAGGUUCAAAAAUACAAGGAUGGUUCAGAUGAUUCGGAGUCAGCGUCUGACGUGGAACUGUUGGACAACAAGAUAGAUUCUGACGCUGAAGCGCCGCGAGCUCUCUCAGUCAGCGAUGAUGAUGACGAUGACUUCAAUGUCAAGAAGAACGUCGGCAAGAAACCCGCUGAGAUGGAUUCAGAUUGCCUAUUCGACUCCUUGAUCGAGGACACAAAGAAAGAAGAGAAAGAGAAAGCACAAGCCAAGAACAAUGGUGCCUCCCACCCAACAGUACUCUCCAGUGAUGAGGAGGUGGUUCCAGAGUCUCCACCCAAGAAGAAGCCAGGACCUAAACGGAAGCUCCUUAAUGAAGAGAAGAAGGAGAAACCCAAGAAACGACCAGCCAAGGAUAUGAUCAGUGACGAUGAUGAUGACAGCAUAUUUGAUAGUAAAAAGGACCAAAAAAAGAAGGCAGCGCCAAAAAAGAAACUUAAAAAGAAGGUCUCAAGCGGAUCUGAAUCUGAUGCUGCGGGAAGCGAACCCGUACAACCGCGCGCGCAGGCACGAGCCCGGGCAGCACAGAAAUACACUUUCAGUGAUUCUGAGAGUGAUUAA